AUGCUUCUGUACCAUAUGGCUUUAGGAGAUCAAGAUAUCGAAGGUCUGACGGACAAGGUUCUUCCACGUCGUUUGGGUCCCAAAAGAGCGACGAAGAUUCGCAAGCUGUUCAACCUUUCUAAGGAGGACGAUGUAACAAAACGUAAGGCUCUCCUUAGAAAGAAGAUUCAGCAGCGUAACAAGUCUCGUGAAGAAGCUGCUGCGUAUCACAAGCUCAUGACCAAGUUCGCAAAGGAAGUGAAGGAUCAAAAAGUUGCCCGUAGAAGAUCAUCCGCUUCGAGGUCAUCGGAGAGUGAUGUGAAGAAGGCUGCCAAGAAGUAA